GGGGGCGUUUGGACAGAAUCAAAAUGUGGCACCGUACACUAACUUCCUCCGCAAGAAGUCAGACCCACACAUCAGGCAAUACUUCAUAGAACCUUCCAAAACCACUUCAUUUUUCUAAUCUCCAUUUGACUAUUUCAAUCCCCCAAACAUGCCCUUCCCUUUAAGAGAGACAGAUUCGUGAAUCCCUCCCUGAAAUUCAAAAUCUCUCGAUCAAUAAACCCAUCAAAAACAAGAACACGACCCAUCCGACCAAUAAUUUCCCAAAUAAUUCCCAAAAUUAGUCCAUUUCCAGAUGUUGAAUCCGUUCCUCUGCGGCGCUUUCCAUCCUGAAGACCAAGAAGAAAAUGAGCAAUGGAGUCCGAGAAAAUCUUCGAGAAGAAGCAGUAGCUUCUGCAGAAGAUCAUCCAGGGACGCCUCCAAGAAUCCUUACUCCCGCCGCGGCCUCGACAAAUUCUCCGCCCUCCUCGCCGAUCUCGAAGAGAAGCGCCAGAAAAUCUACGCGCAGAUCGGCUCCGACGAGAUCUCCUUCGUCCGAUUCGCCUACCCCGUCCCCGACUCCAACGACUGCGUCCCCAUUGUCGUGAAGCUCCGCGACAGGAAGAAGCAGGAACCGGCGCCGGAGAAGCCUCCCCCCACCAAUUCCCCCGCCGGCGAGAUCGAAUCUGCCGACCGGCGUCCGGAAGAUCCCGAACCGGAGCAGAAGGUUAUUAGCGAUGGGAUUAAGAGAGGCGGAUUCGAGUCGUGGAGCGAGAUGGUGAGGAUGGAUAAGUGGAGGCGGCCUUCUUAUUACAUGGUGGCGGCGGUGAUACUGAUUCUGGUGGUUAUGGCGGCGUUCGGCCGGUCGGUGGCGAUACUAUGCACUUCGUUUGGGUGGUACUUGGUGCCAACGUUGAGCGGGGAGAGUUCGGGAAAGGCGGUGAAGAAGAAAGUGUACGGAAGGAGAAUGAGCGAGAAGAAGAGGGUGGUGAGGGUGGUGAGUCACGUCGGCGGAGUAGAGCUGGAUUCUCCAAGAGGUGGAAAUAAAAGAGCAGGGACGAGGGACAAUUCGCCGGAACAUGCGCACCGGAGACGCCGGCAGUGAAGAUGAAGGUGGUGUGAAGACGACGAUUGAUUUUAAUUUUUGGUUUUUUUUUUUGGUUAAACUUUUCUCUUGAACAUGUAAGUUUGGGUUUGGGUGAUGUUGGAAAUUCAACCUCCCCAGUGGACAGUUUUUUUCCUUUUUUCUUUUUUUUUUUUAAUGGCUGUAAAUUAUGUAAUGAUGUGGCACGAAGGUGGGUUGGAUAAGGGUGAGGGUCCGACCCGCAUAAAAUGUUGGGUUUGUUUGAGGGUGUUUUUGUAAAGAUAAAAGAGCUUCAACAAA